GGCAAAGGAAUUUGUGAGAGGAACUGAAAGCAGCGGAUGCCGGUUUAGAGAGGAGGAGCACCGCAGAGACAGGAAGAUUACACAUACAGAGGAAUUAAACAAAGCUCAGACAGAGCCAAGAGGGGAAAGGUUGGUUAGCAGCAGGUCUCUGUUUUUUUUUACCUUAGCUAAUUACCACUUUGCUCUCACUGCGGUAACAGAAAGACAGAGAGAAAACAGCAAUCAGAGAGGACAGAAAAGGGAGACAAGAAGCAGCCAAGGAGGGAGUAGUGGCAGCAGUUAAAGAAGUCGAGUCAAGAUUAAUUGAGGAAGAGAAACAAAAAGCAGAGACGAGACUCUGAGGAGCGGGUAAAAGUAAGGAGAGAGCGGACAUUCAUUGACAAAGAGCUGGACUCAACUCCACGGAUUCCUGACAUCAGCAAAACAGGGGGGAGGAUACGGCUGUUAAGAGGUCACUGUGGUCCAAGUGCUGCGUGCCUGAGCAGGUCUACUAUGCCAGCAAGACAGCAGAGAUAAACAAACCCUACCACAGUUACUCUGUUCACCUCCAAAAGACACACUUCCCUGCAGCAGCACAAUGUUGAUGAAAGAGUAUCGCAUAUGCAUGCCUUUGACGGUGGAGGAGUACAGGAUUGGCCAGCUCUACAUGAUCAGUAAGCACAGCUCUGAGCAGAGCGGUGGAGGUGAGGGAGUGGAGGUUGUGAGGAAUGAGCCGGAUACUCACCCUCAGCAUGGCCCCGGACAGCUGACCGAGAAGAGAAUCUACCUCAGCAGUAAACUGCCAAGCUGGAUAAAAGCUUUUGUCCCACGAUUCUUCUAUGUGACAGAAAAGGCCUGGAACUUCUACCCCUACACCAUCACAGAGUACUCAGUGUCAUUCAUCCCCAAGUUCAGUAUUCGCAUUGAGACGAGGUUUGAAAACAACAACGGCAGCAACAACAACGUGUUUGGGGACUCGCCAACCCCGGCGGAGAACGUUUGCUUCCUGGACAUCCUCUCCGACCACAUCCCGGAAAAGCACUACAAAGCUUCAGAGGAUCUGAGUUGCUGGCGGUCGAAUAAAACCAACCGAGGACCUCUAAAGCCAGGCUGGAGGGACAACCACAGCCCCAUUAUGUGCUCCUAUAAGAAAGUGCAGUGCAGCUUUGAGGUCUACGGCUUUCAGACCAAGACGGAGGACUUCAUGCAUAAAACUAUCAAAGAUAUCCUUCUGGUCGGCCACAGGCAGGCAGUCGCAUGGAUUGACGAGUGGCAUGGGCUCACCUUGGAAGAGGUCAGGCAGUACGAGAAGGCGAUGGAAGAGAAUACCAACACCAAACUGAAAUCUGACCAGAACAGCUCAGGCCCACAGGCUCCAGCACAUCCCACAAUCUCGCGCUCCAUCUCUGUGACAGACGAGCGCUCCCUGAAGAAGAUGGGAGUGACAACAGUGGACAUGUCUGGCACGUCAGUCCCCUCUCUGCCGCACACUCCUGUUCGCCUCAACUCAACCCCUGAGUGAUACCUCUUUCUCCGAUGACAACAGAGAAAACAGAGAGUCUAACUUACGCCAGCAAAGGUUAUGUGAUUUUAUUUGUCAAGAAGCAACAGCACCGGCAACAUUUCUGUUAAAAAUGGUGGGCACAGUACAUGAGUGCGGAAAGGCAGAAGUGCCAAAAUCCAAUAAAUGAAUAAAAUAUUUUUGAAGAAAUCUAUUUAUAGUAUAAAGGUCAAAUGUGUACACAUCAUCAAUAAUUAAUUUUUACAUCAAUAUAUACGAUAUUAAUAUCAGUUUAAGAACCACAUAAUCCCGUUUUUCGUUUGGAUGCAUCCAUUCAGCCAUUCAUCCAUCUACCGUCUUCCUGUUAUUAAAGAUACGAGCGGACACUCUACCUCUAGUCUGAGCUUAAACUUAACUGGCCAUAGAGGUUAGUACAUUAAUGUUAGGGUCUGUUUGAUGUGCCACAUAGAACUAAAGUAUUUCAUGGUGUGCUGUAGCACAGGAAUCAGUUAUCAAAUAAAUUGAAAAAUAAUCAAUUAUUUUAACCUCAUUAAAACUGCAAAUUGAUUUCCACGCGCAUUUUCCAUGACACAUUUGAUAUAUGAUUGACGCUCAAAUAGUAAUUAUUAAAUUGAUUGUUUUCAAUUCAUUUUCAUUAUAUGUUCAUCUGAGAUAGAAUCCAAAAGGUGCUAGGUUCGAAUCCCACAUGGGGCCGUUCUGUUUAGAACUUCACCUGCGCAGGAUGUACCCUGCCUCUCACCCACUUACCACUGGUAUAGGGUAUAGGUACAGGCACCAGCACCUCUGUGACAAUGUAAGGAC